GGCUGGGGUCUCUGGUCCUCUCUGGGCUCCCACUACAGGGAAGGGAGGUAUAAACCAGCAACUAGGGAAUGGGGCCUCAUCUCUCUGGCUGUCAGCAGUUAUUGCCUGCCUGUCCCCACAGCUUCCAUAUCUCCAGUAGGAAGGACUGGAUUCUUCCCUCUUUCAUAAAAACAUAAGAAUGGCCAUACUGGGUCAGACCAAAGGUCCGUCUAGCCCAGUAUCCUGUAUUUCGACAGGGGCCAGUACCAGGUGCUUCGGAGGGAAUGAACAGAUCAGAGCAUUUCCUGCUGCAGGAGAAGUCUGAGUGUCACUACACCAAUGGCAUGCAGCAGGUGAGGUAUCUGAAAAGACUGAUCUGGGGCCAGCAGGAGAUCUGUUACUAUGACAGUGACUUGGGCUUCUCGGUGGCCCGCACGGAACUGGGUCGGCCGAUCGCGGAGUAUUGGAACCGGCUGGAGUGGCUGAACUACUUGUGGGCUUCAGUGGAGAAGUUCUGCAGUUAUAACCACAGGAGAUUUGAGAACAUCACUGUGGGUAGGCAAGUUAAGCCCAGAGUGAAAAUUUCUACCCUGAAAGCAGAGUCUUCCCACCACCCCAGCUUGCUGGUUUGCUCUGCAACAGGGUUUUAUCCUUCUGAGAUAGCGACCAAGUGGUUCAAAAAUGGGCAGGAGGAGACAGCUGGAGUUGUAUCCAGGGAGCUGCUACAUAAUGGAGACUGGACCUUCCAGAUCCAGGUGACGCUGGAAACAAAACCAAGGUGGGGAGAUGUCUACACCUGCCAAGUGGAGCACGUCAGCCUGCAAACGCCCAUCACCAUGCAGUGGGUGGCACAGCCUGACUCUGCCAAGAGCAAGAUGUUCGUUGGAAUUGGGGGCUUCGUACUGGGGUUGAUCUUCAUGGUGCUGGGACUUCUUGUCUACCAGAAGAAUAAGAAAGGGUACCUGUGCUUGGACACUGCAGACUCUCAGGCUGCUGGGAGUGACAGGGGCAGCACUACAAACUUACUGCUCUGUGCCUAAAUCCAUCCAAGUUCUGCGAAGGGCCAUCUCUAAAUCUUCCCUUAACUCUCUGCAUUCACGCAUGUGCUAUUACUCUUUCCCUUCCCCUCGCUAGCUGUUCUUGAUGUAUUCUUGCUCAGGUCAAUACUGUGCUGCCUCCGGCAGAGGGAAUCAUCACUUUCCCUCAGUCCUAGCAGGUUCCCCUCCUGCCAACUUUUCCGGCUGCCCCGCCCCAGAUUUAACUGCUCUGCAGUUAAAGAACCAAAGUCUUGUAGAUCUGAGAUUGUCCCCCAGGGGCUGAUUUCAUGCAAGCUGUUGACUUGCGGACUCUCCAGUGGAAGAGGAGGGAAGGAUCCAGCUGUCAUAUGGAGUUGAGGAUGGAUGUCCAGCUACUCCAAGUGCAGCACAUACCCAGACAGAAAAGAGGGGAAUAAAUAAUAAUGUUUCUAACUAAUGCUUUGCACUUCGAGAAAUUUUAUCUAAGGGUCUGAAAGGAUUUUAAUAACUGUGAGUUAAUUAAAAGUUCUAAUUAACCUGGAGUUAAUCUUUAAUUUCAUGUGUUUGGUAACUUUCUGAAACAGAUCUGAAGAAGUGAGGCUUUUUACUCACGAAAGCUUAUGCCCAAAUAAAUCUGUUAGUCUUUAAGGUGUCACCAGACUUCUUCUUGUUUUUGUGGAUAC